AUUUGUAUAAUUCGCGUGUGGUGUGGGCGCAUUGAAAAUGGUGCUGCGAUCGGGGAUUAUAAUUCCGUUUCAGUUUCGCGACACAAAGAAGCUGCUGAUGAUCGGGGAUCCCGAGGAGAACCGUAACCUGAACAUAUGGGACCUGAAGAACGUGGUGCGCGCCGCCUUCGGGAUCCACAACUUUGAGUUCCGCAACAAGAAGAUCGGCUUCAACAUCCCGGACGAACUGUUGCUGCACUAUCUGGCCCAGAGGCACGACCUCACCAACUUCGUUAUAGAGAUCAGUCAAGGUAAAUAG